UCUUCCAUGAGUUCUUACUCCUCCCCCGCCCCUCCCCCCCAAUUUUAUGUGAUUCCUCACGGAAAAGGCAAUCUCUUAUCUUCCCCCCCCACAAGACCUCCAACAUGUCAGCUGCUGUUGCAGCCGCCGCCGCCGCGGCCACCAUGUCAUGUAAUUCUGCGAGGAGUGGCUCGUCAGGAGCUUCUAGGAGCCACCAAUUGCAGAAAGAACUGCUACUACCAUCCCCACCACCACCACCAUCUCCAAUAUCAUUACCACUUCCAUUGAGUCGUUACGAAUCUCAAAAGCGACGAGACUGGAACACUUUCGGACAGUACUUGAGAAACCACAGGCCACCACUGGCACUGGCACGGUGCAGUGGUGCCCAUGUUUUGGAGUUCUUGAGGUAUCUUGAUCAGUUUGGCAAGACCAAGGUGCAUAGCGAAAAUUGUCCAUUUUUUGGCCAUCCCCAUCCACCGUGUCCUUGCCCUUGCCCUCUCAAGCAAGCAUGGGGCAGCCUUGAUGCUCUCAUCGGCCGUCUCCGUGCGGCCUUUGAAGAGAACGGUGGACUGCCUGAGACGAACCCUUUUGGUGCACGCGCUGUGAGAUUGUACUUAAGGGAAGUGAGAGAUGCACAGUCUAAAGCUAGAGGGAUAGCUUAUGAGAAGAAGAAGAGAAAGAACCCAACACCACAACAGCAGCAACAAAAGUUACAAACUGCAGGAAAUGGUACUUAUAAUGUUCAACAGGGUAUUGGUAACGGUGGAUAUGUUCCAAUGAAUGUCCUCUCUAACGAGGCUGCAGUGCUCAGUGUAGGAGAUGUGCCUGUGUUCAACGAAGCCAACAAUAGCACUACUUUAUUGGUCUAGGGUUUACAACUAUAAUUAAGUAAUAUAUGCCAGGUAAUAUUGUAAUGCAAGCUAGGGUUUAGUAUGAGAUGGUUAAUUACCUUUCCUUGUUCUUCGUGCCAAUGUGUUUUUGGUGUUGUUAAUUAAGGGAGAAAAUCAUUAUUCUCCUAAUUUUCUACCUUCA